AUGGCCACCACCAGCAUCUCCACUCCCCUGCCCGCCGGCGUCAGCGAGCAGCAGGUCAUCACCGCUCUCCACAACCACGACCUCAUGAUCAAGACCCUCUGCCCUGCCCUCGUCUCCUACGAGCUCGACUCGGGCGACGCGUCCACCCAGGCCACCUACAACGUCACCGACAAGAAGCCCAUUGGCCAGACGACCUACAAGCUUACCCUCACCAACGUCGCCGGCGGCGUCGACUCGCUCGUUGACGCGAAGCCGCCGGUCGGCACGCUCAAGAUCGCCGGCCAGUGGAGGGUUGCCGACGGCGAGCUGAAGGAGGACGUCGAGAUUGACGGCAACAUGGUCACCAAGAAGAUGGCCAAGGGCAACGUCGAGAAGACGCACCCGGAGCAGCAGACCAAGCUGCUCGAGGAGGCCGCCAAGGCCUAG